GACGUAGGCAGUGGCUGCAAGACUACUUAUGACAGUUUUGGAAGCCAUUCAGUAUCGUCCCAACUGCAUGCUGUUGGUCAAAAGCAAGUCAUAAAGACAGAUCAGAGUCAAGGGGAAGAGACUACACAAAGGCACAAAUACUUGAAGAUGUAGAGGAAAAUCCUGAAGAAGGAAGAGCCAGUAUUUAUAAAUCAGUGAUCAUCAAUACGUCUAAGGAGAUGAUGUGCUUCAGUGACUAUCCUAUUCCAGAUCAUUUUCCUAACUUCAUGCACAACUCCCAGGUCCUGGAGUAUUUCAGGAUGUAUGCCAAAGAAUUUGACCUUCUAAAGUAUAUCCGAUUCAAGACCACUGUGUGCAGUGUGAAAAAGCGGCCCGAUUUCCCCACGUCAGGCCAAUGGGAGGUGGUCACGGAAUCUGAAGGGAAAAAGGAGAUGAAUGUCUUCGAUGGAGUCAUGGUUUGCACCGGCCAUCACACCAACGCUCACUUACCCUUGGGAAGCUUCCCUGGAAUUGAGAAGUUCAGAGGACAGUACUUCCAUAGUCGAGAUUAUAAGAAUCCAGAGCGUUUCACUGGAAAGAGAGUCAUUGUAAUUGGCAUUGGGAACUCUGGAGGCGAUCUGGCCGUGGAGAUUAGCCACACAGCCAAGCAGGUUUUCCUCAGCACCAGGAGAGGGGCUUGGAUCCUGAAUCGGGUAGCAGACCACGGAUAUCCUUUUGAUGUGUUGUUCAACUCUCGACUUAAACAUUUUUUGUCGAAGAUGUGUGGUGAAUCAUUAGCAAACACAUAUUUGGAAAGAAGGAUGAACCAAAGGUUUAACCACAAAAUGUAUGGCCUAAAGCCUAAACACAGAGCUCUGAGUCAGCAUCCAACAGUCAAUGAUGACCUGCCAAAUCGUAUAAUUUCUGGCUUGGUGAAGGUGAAGGGAAAUGUCAAGGAAUUCACGGAGACCGCUGCCAUAUUUGAAGACGGCUCCAGGGAGGAUGACAUUGAUGCUGUGAUCUUUGCCACAGGCUACAGCUUCGCUUUUCCUUUCCUUGAAGAUUCUGUCAGGGUAGUAAGAAACAAGAUAUCCCUGUAUAAAAAAGUCUUCCCUCCUAACCUGGAAAAGCCAACUCUGGCCAUCAUAGGCUUGAUCCAGCCCUUGGGUGCCAUUAUGCCCAUUUCAGAGCUCCAAGGACGCUGGGCCACUCAAGUAUUUAAAGGGCUAAAGACAUUGCCCUCACAAAGUGAAAUGAUAGCAGAAAUAACUAAGGCUCAAGAGCAAAUGGCAAAAAGGUAUGUAGAGAGUCAGCGCCAUACCAUUCAGGCAGACUAUGUGGACACCAUGGAAGAGCUUGCUGAUCUGGUGGGCGUCAGGCCAAAUCUGCUGUCUCUAGCUUUCACCGACCCCAUACUGGCAUGGCAGUUAUUAUUCGGACCCUGUACUCCAAUCCAGUAUCGUCUACAGGGUCCUGGAAAGUGGAGUGGAGCUCGAAAAGCCAUCCUCACCACAGAAGAUCGCAUCAGGAAGCCUAUGAUGACAAGAGUCGUUGAAAGCAGCGAUUCCAUGCCUUUAACAAUAACAAUGGCCAGGUUCAUGCUAGCCAUUGUUAUCUUUGCUAUAAUGAUAACCUACUUUUAGCUGUUCCAUUGGGGAGCUGGAUCUAGAGAUGCCUUCAGAAUCUGACAAGACUGAACAACUCUUGAGUUUCACCUUGCCCAGAAAUCUUUUCUUUCUCUUUCCAAAGCAUUAAUCCUCUUUCCUCUUUCCCCUACAAGGAAAUUCCAGCUUUUCAUUCAUAUUGACUUAUCUCCCUUCUUCUUAUGACCCAUCAUAUUUUCCUUCCAGCAAUCCCUAGUCUGUGAGCUCUGAUACUCUGUUAGUCAUCUUUUUAUGUCCUUAGAAGAAUUAUUACAUGAUGGGUGCUUAAUAAAUGUUGGUUGUUAUCAGAUAUUAUGGUGGGGAGCAGAAGUCAAUAUCUGUAUAAGAAAAGGGUGACUCCAUGGAACUCAGCUUCUGAUAGGAUUUCGUUUUCUAUCAGAAGCUCAAUCUUUUGUUUGUUUUUAAUAUUGUAAUUAAAUGUGUUUCCUGGGGAUAAAAAGAAAUAACGGUCUUGUAACAGUUGUAUAUACCUAAGAUAUAUAUAUACACACUUAAACAUUUCGUCUCAUUAGCUAUUCACUAGUGUAUCUGAUAGCUGGUCUUUUUGACUCUUUUUCCCUCAGCAAAAGGUCUUUAUUAUCUCAAUGAAGAAACUACCUUAAACUUUCUAGGCUCAUGGGUCAUUCCAAUAAUCUAGCAUUUGUCAGAAAGUUCAACUUUGUUGGAAAACUUGAAAUUUUAAAUUAGCUGUCCUAUCUUUUUUUAUCUUAGUUCUCAUAUUAGAAUCCAACAAGACUCUACCUUGGGAAACAUGAUAAGUAGCUGCCUACUGUUGUAGUGUGGCCUAACAAAUGUUAUUUGAUUUGUUUCCCACCACUCCUGUGUUUUCUCUUCCAACCUUUCUCACACAUAAAUAAUAAGUAUUUGAAAAUGUCAUUUCUACAUUAAAUUAGAAUUGAUAUUAAUUAAAUAUAGGGGCAUUCAGAAGAAAGGGUGGUGUGGAGGUAGUAAAGAGUAAAGGUGAUCAAAUAUAUGAUGAUGGAAGAAAUUUGACUUUGGCUGGUGGGCACCGAUGAUAUAACAUAGAAUUGUACACUUGAAACCUAUAUAAUUUUAUUAACCAAUGUCACCCCAAUAAAUUUAAUU